GGAGAAAAAGUUGAAAGAAACUCACCAAGUUAGUUUUCUAAUUUCCAACGAAAAUAUUAUCCAAUGCUAAAUAGUCUUUCUCCUUAAAUAGUCAACUUAAGUGGAUCCUCUUCAUUUUAUAGCUCAAUCUUUCUUGUUUGAUUCAAGCAUGGAGAACCAAUACUCCUACUCAUUCUCUUCCUACUUCUACUUAGCUAUAGCACUGUUUCUUCUUCCAAUUUUAAUCACAUAUAUUUUCCAUCAGAGAAGAAAUCUACCUCCAAGUCCAUUUUCUUUUCCAAUAAUUGGUCACCUUUACCUUCUCAAGAAAACUCUCCAUCUGACUCUAACAUCCUUAUCAGCUAAAUAUGGUCCUGUUUUAUACCUCAAGUUGGGCUCUAUGCCUGUGGUUGUUGUGUCCUCACCAUCUGCUGUUGAAGAAUGUUUAACCAAGAAUGAUAUCAUAUUCGCAAAUAGGCCCAAGACCUUGGCCGGUGACAAGUUUACCUACAAUUAUACUGUCUAUGUUUGGGCACCCUAUGGCCAACUUUGGAGAAUUCUUCGCCGAUUAACUGUCGUUGAACUCUUCUCUUCACAUAGCCUACAGAAAUCUUCUAUCCUUAGAGAUCAAGAAGUUGGAAUAUUUAUCCGUUCGUUAUACAAAUUCUCAAAGGAUAGUAGCAAAAAUAUCGAUUUGACCAACUGGUCUUUUACUUUUGUUUUCAACCUUAUGACCAAAAUUAUUGCUGGGAGACAUAUUGUGAAGGAGGAAGAUGCUGGCAAGGAAAAGGGCAUAGAAAUUAUUGAAAAACUUAGAGGGACUUUCUUAGUAACUAUAUCGUUCUUGAAUAUGUGUGAUUUCUUGCCAGUAUUCAGGUGGAUUGGUUACAAAGGGCUGGAGAAGAAGAUGGCCUCAAUUCACAAUAAAAGAAAUGAAUUCUUGAACAGCUUGCUUGAUGAAUUUCGACACAAGAAAAGUAGUGUUACACAAUCUAAUACUAUUGUUGGAAACAUGGAGAAGAAAACCACACUGAUCGAAAAUCUCUUGUCUCUUCAAGAAUCAGAGCCUGAAUUCUACACAGAUGAUAUCAUCAAAAGUAUUAUGCUGGUAGUUUUUAUUGCAGGAACAGAGACCUCAUCAACAACCAUCCAAUGGGUAAUAAGGCUUCUUGUAGCUCACCCUGAGGCAUUAUAUAAGCUACGAGUUGACAUUGAAAACAAAGUUGGGAACAAGCACUUGCUGAACGAAUCUGACCUCAACAAGCUUCCGUAUUUGUAUUGCGUUGUUAAUGAGACAAUGAGAUUAUACCCUCCGAUACCACUUCUAUUGCCUCAUUUUUCAACUGAAGAUUGUAUUGUUGGAGGAUAUGAUGUACCAAAACAUACAAUGCUAUUUGUCAACGCUUGGGCCAUUCACAGGGAUCCCAAGGUAUGGGAGGAGCCUGACAAGUUUAAGCCAGAAAGAUUUGAGUCAACGGAAGGGGAAACAGAAAGGUUAAAUUACAAGCUUGUACCAUUUGGAAUGGGAAGAAGAGCGUGCCCUGGAGCUGAUAUGGGAUUGCGAGCAGUUUCUUUGGCAUUAGGUGCACUUAUUCAAUGUUUUGACUGGCAAAUUGGGGAAGAAGAAAGCUUGGAGGAAAGCUAUAAUUCUAGAAUGACUAUGCAGAACAAGCCCUUAAAGGCUGUCUGCACUCCACACGAAGAUCUUGUCCAGCUUCUAUCACAUCUCUGAGGCAAUUUGUCUAUGCCAAAUGUAAACUUCUAUACCCACUAUAUUGCACGCGUAUGAUUUGACACUCUUUACAAGGUAUUUGUCACUAUUCUGUUUUGCUAUUUUUGUGAAAAGUUAAUCAACAAUGGAUGAUAAAUAAGUAGUUGUUCAAAGGUUAUGUUAAUAAAGAGUAAAUGCCGGAGAGAAGAAAUCUAUUACAAGAUGUUUUGCUUUCUCUGAGUA